CCGAUUAACUGCCUCUCGCCCUCUUCGUGACUCUCAUUCUCGCAACGUUUCCAGCAUGGGAUAUAGGGUAAGGUUGUGAUUGGAUUCUCUGCCGAAUGGGCGAAGCACGGGGCUCAGCGAAUGGGAUGAUCGGGGAGCGGGUGGCACUUCCGCGAAGCUUGACCUCGUAUCUUUAUCUCGACCUGCGUGGUCUUCACCCCUUACAUCUACAUAUCCACUAUGACAUGACGCAGCUGCGCCCCGUCCUCCCCAAUUCUUCCCCGUGCGGCAGACUGAGAUGCUUGCACCGUGGCGCCGCUUCCUUCGCGGCGACAACAUGAUGACUACCGGUCCAGGCGUGUCGCGCAGCACCGGAUCCGACUUCAGGCGAUGGACGCGCAUACUUUACAUCGCUCUGCCUUUACUCGCGGUCCUUAAUUACCUCAUAAUCUUCCAAUGGACCUUCUUCGAAUCGCUCUCCACGAAAAUAUUCCCCUCGGAUUCCUUCCACCCCCCGCCGUUCCAGCCCUCUCCGCACGGUCUCGAGUCGCAGGAUAAUGAGGGCCCGGAUUAUUGGACAUGGGACACACCGACAAGAUUCAAGGCAUUGGAGAAGGGGGAAGGGGAGGUGGAUUGGUGCGAGUCGUUUCCGGCGUACCUCUUUCACAAGAUUCAAGUGGUGCUGAAGGUGGGGGCUGCGGACGAUCCUAAGAGGACGGAAUCGCAGCUUGCCAGCGUGAUACGGUGUAUACCCAACGUCCUCAUUAUGUCCGACAAUAACCAUACAUAUGGCGAGAACCACGAAGCGAUUGAUAUCCUGGCGUCCCUACCGGCAGAAACGUACAUGAAGGAGGAGGACUAUGCUGUCUACAAGAGUCAAAAGAAUACAAGCCUGGAAGACCUAAAGCAAGGACACGAUGGCUGGAAGAUUGACAAGUACAAGUUCCUCGCCGAAGUCGAAUACGCCGUCGAUAAUGUCCCUGACGCGGAGUGGUUCGUGUUCUUCGAAAGCGAUACCUACAUCGUCUGGGACAACGUCUUCCGCCUGCUAGAAAACUACGAUCACACGCUCCCCUACUACUUCGGUUCUCCUUCCCCGGGCCGCAGGAUCCCCGACUCCGAAGACAAGAUCUGGUUCGCAUACGGCGGGUGUGGCUUCAUUUUAUCCAACGCAGCAGCGCACCGCUUCGUGGACCGCAAGCGCAACGCGGUCGGCGUCAAGGGGCCGCGUGUUACGGACGAAUACAAGGAGGAUAUACAGAAUGACUGCUGCGGGGAUAGUAUGCUGGGUUGGGCAUUGCAUGAUAAAGGAGGCGUUGAUAUCAGCGGACUUUGGCCUAUGUUCAACCCGCAUAGUCUGAGCGGCGUGCCAUUCGGAAAGCUGUAUUGGUGCGAGCCGGUGAUCAGUUUACACAAGACGGCUCCAGAGCAGAUGAAGAAGCUGUGGGAGUGGGAGAUGCAGAGAGAUAGAAGCAAGCGCCCACUCCUCUACGCCGACCUCCUGCACUACCACGGACUUGGCUCCUUUACCCGGCACCUCGACUGGGACGCCGCUGACUGGGACGGUUUCCAGGAACCCGACUCGCACCCCGCGCACACCGAUCUCCUUGCCUGCGAACAGGCGUGCAAGGAGAACGAGCAAUGCUACCAGUGGACGUGGCAUGGGCACCGUUGCUACAUGGCGAGAUCCAUACGUAUGGGUCAUCCCAAAGAUGCCGACGGUGAACAUGAAGCAUCUGUAGAUAGGCUGUAUACGAGUGGAUGGGACACGGAGAAGAUUCAGAGGUGGAUUGAGGAACAUCCGUGUGAGGAAGGGCCGCAUUGGGUUAAGCCGAGCAUCAAGAGGAAGUUCUGAAUAGGGAUCGGAAAAGAGAAGAGAAGCGAACGGCGUUUGGAUACUGGGGAAUUGGAAAAUGGGCUUUGGGUGACGGCAUUCAUGAGGUGGUUUUGGUACGAUACCCAUGUGCGACGUGUGAGAGGCAGUGCUGUAAGACGGGGAAGGAAGGAUACAGAUCUUCUCUGGUGGUACUAUGUAUUAAUGAUAUUCGUAAUCGCCGUAAUAUCAAACAAUGGCUCUG